UUGCUUUCCUACUACGUCACAGCUGCAGCCCCCGCGUCACUGUAGUCGCAUGGACGUCACAGGAAGUGAGACAGGCGUAGGAGCAGUGGGACGUUUGGCCGCAGCUCUAUAUUAAAGUAAGACAUCAUCAGGUAUUGCUCACUCACCUGCUACACCCAGGACCGUGCACCUGCUCACAAAGAUGACACGUAGCUACAAACAUCCAUUCGGUGCGUUUCUCUUCGUCAUCGCCGUCAUUGAAGUUGCAGCCUCAAUACCGGAAACGUCACCUAAUACUGGCGAUUUCCUUCUCGAUCCGGAACUGACGUCAGCGGGGGAGAAUGGAGACCCACCUCUCUUGGACAGUGUCUCUUACGAAGAUUUCCCAGAGGAGGAUCUGGAAGCAGGGAUGGGAGAUGAAGCGGAUCCUGCAGGAAAUUCACGAUGGCCUGAGGACGUCGACAGACUGAUGUCACUGCUGCGAGCGAGCGCCAUUGCUCUGGAGCGAGCACGCGACAACUGGAGGUCACGCCUGCGACAGCACGAGGAGCAAAGGGCGCGACCCAAGAAAUAUCGGCCUACCAACAGCUUCGUCCGCAUCGGACGUGGAGGGACGACAUCUGGUGUCAGUAAGCUGCUGGAGGAGGCCACUCAUGCACAAAGCAGCCAAGGUGCAAGCCCUCGGUACCUUCUGCUUACAGCCGGAGAUGACGUCGGAAGAAGCAAGCGAUGGAAUCUUCCCAGAAGCCGCUUCGUACGGAUAGGAAGACGUUCAGGUGAAGACAGAGGCGUAGUCCCUAGUGAUGGUCAACAGGCGGAACCUCACUUCCUGAAAUCAGAUAGAAGCGAUGACUUCAUUCCCCUGAGCCGCCGCGCCAGCUUUGUGCGAAUCGGAAGACUGCCCGCCUCCGCCUUCCAGCUGCCAAGCCUUCCCGUUGACGACGACGACGACGAAGUCGACGACGGUCUGCAGUCGCGUAGAUCGCCGGGGUACCGCCUCACGCAGUCUGGGGUGGUCCGUGCCGGCAGGUGAAGGCGAUCCUAUGAUGGCACUCUAGGACUCGUGUGGUCACUACAUGGUCACGUGAUUGAGACCAUAGAAACUUUCCAAUCAGAAAGCUUUUUGCAAGCGUUAGGAGGACCGUGACCUGGACUGCAUGCCUUUUGGCUUUGGGAAAUCUUCGAGUAAAGUCACAAAGAAGAUCUUGUAGAAAAAAGAGAUUAUUGGAUAGAAGAACCUGAAAAAAGCUAAGAAAGUUACCUUUUAAACACUGAAGUAGUGAAUGUUCCUGGAAUUGUUAAAAAAAAAUUCAAUGAACUUUUCACGUAUUCUCUAUAAAUAUGCGGACAGAUACACACGAGUUCUAACACGCCUACCCAGCAAAGAAGCAACAAGGGAACCAAUCGUCCAAAUAACUGUUAUGCGUUUUUGUGUUUAUUGUGUUUUAUCAUGUUGUCAACAGGCAUUCACCAUAAUAGUGGUGGCUCACCUACCUCUCUUUCUGUUACCGUUUGUCUGGCACCGUUGUGUCUUUGUGCCAGUCUUUGUUUCUUUUCUUUUUUUUUCUUUUUUGCUCUGUUGUUUUCAUUCAACUUAAGCAUAAUUCGUACUGUGUGUCCAUAACUGGUGUGCAAAAAAUUUUGAUUUUUAUGAAUUCAGCAAAUGAUAGUUCUUAAGGUAAAAUAAAACAAAACUUAGCGAGAGAAAAGUGAUUGUCUUUCAUUGUUGCUAGACCAUCUUUGCUUUUAUCAUAGUUCUGCCACCAGAGUACAGUUUAGACAUGACACUGUCUUCGAGCUAGAUUGUGUAUCUAAAUGUCAUCACAAGUAGUUCUGUCUGUUUUUAAUUCUAGUGUUUGUUUACAACGGCAUAAAGAUUCUUCAAAGCAUU